UGCGCAGCGUCCCACCAAUCAGAGGCCGACACGGACUCCCGUUGACUUACAAUAGGCCAGGGUGGGAGAGGGGUAACGGCGAUGCGACUUAUUAUAAAAGAAGCGAUAACAGAAAAUCUGAAGUUAAAUAAACCACGCGAAGGUGUUUAUAUAGGAAUAAAAAAAAAAAAACAAGAACGCUGAAAUCUGUUGAAACCGAAGCGAACGUUAAAAACUGUUUUCAUUUGCAUUCGUGGCUGGCUGCUGCGUGUUGGUACAGUCCGACAAGCGGCGCUUUCAUUGCAAAGAGGGGAGCGCGGUUCAUGAAAACAUCAAACAAACAGAGAAGAGCGGGGAAUUCAUUUUAUACACCGAGAGGAAAAAAAACAACAGUUUUUAUUUAGCCAUAUUCAAACUGAGGCCGUAGGUUAAAAACGUAAGGAUUCAUUUAAUACAUAUUUUGUAUGCAGCGUUGGUUCGUCCCAUACCGGAAGUGAGGUGUCCUUCCAGGAUCUGUGGCGUGAAAAUAAACUGGUGGAAGACGGAAAGGGAGAGAAAACCCAGUGAAACCAGUACAAACUAACGGGACUGGAGCAUCUGAACCAGUCACACGUGUGUUUACCAGUGAUCCAGGGACGACUAGGAGGUGAGCUGACCGGGGAGAGGGGCCUGCAGCGGGCUGGAAAAUCGCUUUCCCCCUUGUGCGUUGCUGUGCCAUGGUUCGAGCCAUGGUGGUCACAGCCACGAGCCUGGCUCUCACCACAGCCGUGGUCGCCCACGCCUACUACCUGAAGCACCAGUUCUACCCCACCGUGGUGUACCUCACCAAGUCCAGCCCCAGCAUGGCAGUGCUGUAUAUCCAGGCCUUUGUGCUCGUCUUCCUGCUUGGGAAGUUCAUGCGCAAAGUCUUCUUCGGACAGCUCCGCGCUGCUGAGAUGGAGCACCUGAUUGAGCGUUCCUGGUACGCAGUGACAGAGACCUGUCUUGCCUUCACGGUGUUCAGGGACGAUUUCUCUCCUCGCUUCGUGGGGCUCUUCACCCUCCUCCUCUUCCUCAAGUGCUUCCACUGGCUGGCGGAGGACCGCGUCGACUUUAUGGAGAGGAGCCCAAACAUCUCCUUCCUGUUCCAUUUCAGGGUUGUCACUCUGAUGGCCCUGCUGGCCACGCUGGACUUUGUGUUUGUGACUCACGCCUGUCACAGCAUCAUGACUCGAGGAGCCUCGGUGCAGCUCGUCUUCGGGUUCGAGUAUGCUAUCCUGAUGACGAUGGUACUGACGACCUUCAUCAAAUACUUCCUGCAUACCCUCGACCUGCAGAAUGACAACCCGUGGGAGAACAAGGCCGUGUACAUGCUGUACACUGAGCUGUUCACAGGGUUCAUCAAGGUGCUUCUCUACAUGGCCUUCAUGACCAUCAUGAUCAAGGUGCACACCUUCCCUCUCUUCGCUAUCCGGCCCAUGUACCUGGCCAUGAGGCAGUUCAAGAAAGCCGUGACGGACGCGGUCAUGUCAAGAAGAGCCAUCCGCAACAUGAACACGCUGUACCCGGACGCCACGCCGGAGGAGCUGCAGGCCACGGAUAACGUGUGCAUCAUCUGCAGGGAGGAGAUGGUGACGGGAGCCAAGAGGCUGCCCUGCAACCACAUCUUCCACAGCAGUUGCCUGCGUUCCUGGUUCCAGCGCCAGCAGACCUGCCCCACGUGUCGGAUGGACGUGCUUCGUGCCGCGCUGCCCAAUCAGACGCAGGCUCCACCCCCUGCGCAGCAGCCAGCCCCUCCCCCUCCCCAGCACCAACCGGCACCCCCGCCAGCCAACAUGCCUCAGGGAAUGAUGCCUCCCUUCCCUCCUGGGAUGUUUCCUUUCUGGGGACCGUUCCCUGCCGCGGCCCCCCCUGCAGGGCCCCCCAACGCAGCGCAGACCCCCCCUGAGACCACCCAGCCUUCCGGAGCAGCUCCCGCUGGUCCCAGUACCUCUCGGCCCGGCCAGACUGGGCAGGAGGCUCCUCCCAGCGGUGCUAUCCCAGCAUUCCCCUUCUCCUUCCCUCCUCCCUUCCCAUCAGCCCCCUGGAUGGGCAUGCCGCCGCCUCCCCCCUUCGGGAUGCCCUCCGUGCCGCUGCCCCCUGCUGGUUUCUCCGGUCUCUCGGAGGCAGAGCUGAGGUUGAUGGAGGGUCACGAGCGCAGGAACCUGGAGGCACGUCUGCAGACUCUUCAGAACAUCCACACCCUGCUGGACGCGGCCAUGCUGCAGAUCAACCAGUACCUGAGCGUGCUGGCCAGCAUGGGCCCCCCCAGGCCUGCCCCCCCCAGCACAGACCCAGCCGAGGGGUCUGACCGCGAGACAUCGCCCCCUGCAGGAGCCUCCGGGAACACGGCAGAGACCCCACACGUGGAGAGCGGCGGGGAGCUGGAAGGGGCUGUGGGGUUCUCCCCCCCUCCUCCCGACUCCACCACUGUGGGAGAGGAGGAGGAGGAAGGGGAGGAGGAGGAGGGGGUGCCGAGCACAGCCGAGCUGCGAAGGAGACGACUGUGCAAACUGGAGACCACGGCGCCCCCUGCUGAACACUGACACCUACUGCAGAACAGCCCUCACUCUCGCUCUCACUCUCACUCUCUCUGUCUCUCUCCGGCAACCCCGAAUUCAGAGCUUUUCAAUCCCAAUUCUACAGAUAAAACUUUUUUAGUCAGUAAAGCAGACAGAUGUGGGUUUUUUUUUUCAGUUUCUUGGGUUCAGGAUCUCAAAGCCGCUUGUUCCAGUCUGAACUUGGCUCUCUGGGGCUUCAGAAGAAAUAUCAGACAGACUCUGAUAUACUGAGGGUUCGAAAAACACUCUCUGGAAACUGUGGAGAGGAGAGCUGAGGGGGAGAGAGAAAUAGAGGGAGGAGGAGGGAGAGAGAAAGGAGGUUAAGACGAGGGUGGGAUAGAAAUAUGAGGGGGGGUGAGGGAGGGGGGGGUAAGGAAUAUGAAUUAGUAGGAGAGAGAGGAAAGGGGAGUGUGUCUGCCCCCCCCCUUCAUGUUACAAGGGGUCUGGGGCAGGUGGGAUCACCUCCCCCCCCCCCCCCCCCCCCCCCAGUUGAUAUUUUUGUGUUCUAUAUUUUUGGGGGAGUGAUUUAAUUUCUGAAUUUGCAUUUUGAACACUUUUUUUUUUUUUUUUUGGAGUUUAGUUUGAAUUAAAGAAAGUGGAAAGGGGGGGGGGGGUCUGAUUUAUUUAAUUUGUAAAUAUUGUAUAAAAAGUUUUAAUAGAAGGAACUGUAUAUACUGCAGAAUAAACCUUGCAUUCAAUCAAACGAGUGAAUUGUCUUCAAGAUGCAGAAUAGUCUCUGAAUCCCAUCCCUCGCGAUUACACCGCAGCGUUACUAAUAGACUGGUCUCUGAAUCCCGUCCCUCGCGAUUACAGCGCAGCGUUACUAACAGACUGGUCUCUGAAUCCCGUCCCUCGCG